GAGUUGGUAUCUUAUUCUAUACUGAACCGAUAACGUCGCAUGUGAUAAUAAAAUGUCAUGAGAGGCUAUGUAGCUUGUGUAGCCCGACGCAGGGCCUGUGGAACACUCUUUUGAAUUGCAUGUAUAGUCUAUCCUAUUCUUAGUCAAUGAAACAUCAAAAGCAAUGGGGCGAACUGUAUAUGCAGAACAACGUCUUCAUAAUUAUUUGACGUCAUUAGCAAAACCAGAUGAAUACACGAUAGGACUAAUUGUGGGACAGAGUGCUGGUCAAAAAGAUUAUAUUGUGCACUUAGCAAAAACACCACCACCCCUUGGUAAAAACGUAGUGGAAGAAACAUUGCUUAGUUCCACAACAAAAUCUGAACAAAAUACUGCUACUGAAAACCACAUUAAAGCAGUAAAAGAUAUACCAGAGAGUUGGGUUGCAGAUCAUGCUAAACAUGUUACUAGAAUGUUACCUGGUGGAAUGCGUGUCCUUGGAACGUUUAUUGUUGGUCCAGAGGAUAUUUCACAUAAUAAUAAUAAUGUACAAAAACUAAAAUCUGUUCUUACAACAAUGCAAAAAAAUUUAUCAUGUAAUAAAUAUUUAUGUGGGGAUAAUAAUGAAGAACAUCUUAUCUUAUAUUUAAAUAGUGUUACACAAAAAUAUACUUGUAAAUCUAUAGAAAUCCGUAAUGAAGUAUUAAAACCAGUAGAUUGGAAAUUUCAAGCUAAAGCAACCAAAUGGCAUCAACUUGAGGCACUUAUUGAUUUUGAUCGUCUAUUUCUCAUUGCUGCUAAUAAAGAUCCAGAAACUCUUAAAAAACAACUACAAGAUAUUUUAAAGAGUGUGUCAGAUAUCAUUGAAUCUUCCCUUAUUGUUAUUGAAGGGGAAGUUCGAUCACCAGAUGAUAGACUAGAGCUAAUUAGUAAAAACAAGAAAGAUGAAAGAAAUUGUAGAAAUAAUGAAAAAAAUAAUAAUGACCAAUCGAUUCAGAUUAAUUUAUAUAUUCCAUGUCAUGAAAAGAAUCUUAACUCAGAUGUGAGGAUAACACCAUGCAAUGCAUCUAUACAUUUGAUUGGACAAUUAGUAAGUAGAACUUUCGUUCAUCAAAAAGCAAAUGUCGAAGAAGCUAACGCCGCAAUAAAACAAGAUAUAAUAAGGUCAUUAGCAAGUAGAUUAGAAAUGCAUUGGGAUAGUUUGAUUGAAGAAGAAAAUGGAUCUCCAGAAGAAAAUAUAACAUUACACGAACCUCCAAGAAGAGUAUUAAUAGCAUUGCCUGAAAGUAAAGUAACAUUGUCAGAUUACCUAUUUCCUGGUGAGGGGCCUCAAGAAGCUCUUUUAUCGUUGCAAGAACUCCUAGACUUAGAGGUUCAGGAAAGUAAUGUUCAAAAAGACAUUGAAUUCGAAGCUGAUCCUACAGAAUUCUAUUCUCAAAAUAAAAUUGAUGUGAAAACUGUUGAUCUUAAUACAGAUUCAUCUGGGAACUAUCAAACAAAAAUAUACAUUGCAAGUUUCAGUAUUGCAGUUUUAAUCCUAAUUCUUGCUAUUAUAAUACAAAAGCUUUAUUAAUAUUUAUAAAAGAACGAAUUUAUAUUUUACUAUAAUAUGUAAAAUAUAAUAUAUGUACAUUUUUUUAACACAAAUCAUCGUGAUGUUGGGAGUACAAAAGAAAACGAUAAUAAAUAAAAACAGCAUUUGCUUUAACAUGAUGAUGAUAUAUUUAUGCAUAUAGACUUCAAUCGGUUGCAUUGUCUGCAAAUUAUUGUGUAAAAGUAUUAAAUUAUUAACCUACAUUAUAAGUUAUGUAUAAUUGAAAAUAUCUACGAAAAAUAACACUGUAUCAAUAAUUUUAUCCCAAUAUUUUGUGUCAUAAUUAAAUAUUUUUGUAAAGAUAUACAUACAAUUAAUGUAAAACAACUGAAUAAAGAUACUUUUACCUAUUA